AUGGGCGACGUUUCCAGGUAUCUGGAUGGCCGCUGGUGGGUUAACCUUGUGAGAGAGGUGUUGGGUUGGUGCGCUUUCGACAUGGGAGCUCGUCGUCUCCUGCAGCCGUUUGAAGGCCAGGUUUAUCCCGCCAGGAGGGUACAGCUUCAGCCAGUCAGCUUCAACAAUUCGGAAAAGGUUCAAGCGAUUCCCCCCCAUUGCCAGGGCGAGUUAGAUCUUUCUAAUGCUGCCGUUAUGACAAGCAUAACCAAGUGCGAGCAAGCCGCAUCGCUCAAUAUCACGUUUUCUACUCGUCGAGUAUGGAGUGCAGCAGGGAUAGCAGAAGAAGAAGAAGAAGAAAACGAGCUCGCUGCAUACCUACCUGUACGAGUACGGCCCGCGACAGCUUGGCUUAGCAUUGUCAGCGGAUUCGCAGCUUUUGUUCUUGGUCGCAUGGAUCUGCCACCACAACCCCUGCAAUUCCUCUCACCCAUAUCCAGCUGA